UCCUCCACGCCGGGCCGGGCGGCGCGGCCUGAAACGCUGGCGAUGGCGAGCCCGCCGCUGCAUGGGCCCCCCGGGCCGGCGGGCGGCGACGGCCCCAACCUCAACAACAACAACAACAACAACCACAGCGUGCGCAAGUGCGGCUACCUGCGCAAGCAGAAGCACGGCCACAAGCGCUUCUUCGUGCUGCGCGGGCCCGGCGACGAGGCGACGGCGACAGCGGGUGGGGGGCCGGCGCCGCAGCCGCCGCGGCUCGAGUACUACGAGAGCGAGAAGAAGUGGCGGAGCAAGGCGGGCGCCCCGAAGCGGGUCAUCGCGCUCGACUGCUGCCUGAACAUCAACAAGCGCGCCGACGCCAAGCACAAGUACCUGAUCGCGCUCUACACCAAGGACGAGUACUUCGCGGUGGCGGCCGAGAACGAGCAGGAGCAGGAGGGCUGGUACCGCGCGCUCACCGACCUGGUCAGCGAGGGCCGCGCCGGCGACGCGCCCCCCGCCGCCGCCACCGCCGCGUCCUGCAGCGCCUCCCUGCCCGGCGCCCUGGGCGGCUCGGCCGGCGCCGCCGCGGCCGAUGACAGCUACGGGCUGGUGGCGCCCGCCACGGCCGCCUACCGCGAGGUGUGGCAGGUGAACCUGAAGCCCAAGGGCCUGGGCCAGAGCAAGAACCUGACGGGCGUGUACCGCCUGUGCCUGUCGGCGCGCACCAUCGGCUUCGUGAAGCUCAACUGUGAGCAGCCGUCGGUGACGCUGCAGCUCAUGAACAUCCGCCGCUGCGGCCACUCGGACAGCUUCUUCUUCAUUGAGGUGGGCCGGUCGGCCGUCACGGGCCCAGGUGAGCUGUGGAUGCAGGCCGACGACUCGGUGGUGGCGCAGAACAUCCACGAGACCAUCCUGGAGGCCAUGAAGGCUCUCAAGGAGCUCUUCGAGUUCCGGCCGCGCAGUAAGAGCCAGUCGUCGGGCUCGUCCUCCACACACCCCAUCAGCGUCCCUGGCGCGCGCCGCCACCACCACCUGGUCAACCUGCCCCCCAGCCAGACGGGCCUGGUGCGCCGCUCGCGCACCGACAGCCUGGCCGCCACUCCGCCGGCCGCGAAGUGCAGCUCCUGUCGGGUGCGCACGGCCAGCGAGGGCGACGGCGGCGCGGCGGCGGGGGCGGGGGCGGGGGCGGCGGGCGGCAGGCCGGUGUCAGUGGCCGGGAGUCCCCUGAGCCCCGGGCCGGUGCGCGCGCCCCUGAGCCGCUCACACACCCUGAGCGGCGGCUGCGGCGCCCGUGCGAGCAAGGUGGCGCUGGCGCCGGCAGGGGGCGCCCUGCAACACAGCCGCUCCAUGUCCAUGCCGGUGGCGCACUCGCCCCCGGCCGCCACCAGCCCCAGCAGCCUGUCGUCCAGCAGCGGGCACGGCUCCGGCUCCUACCCGCCGCCUCCAGGCCCGCAUCCGCACCUGCAGCACCCCCUGCACCAGCCCGCGAGCCAGCGGCCCUCCAGCGGCAGCGCCUCGGCCUCGGGCUCCCCCAGCGAUCCUGGCUUCAUGUCUCUGGAUGAGUACGGCUCCAGCCCUGGGGACCUGAGAGCCUUCUGCAGCCACCGGAGCAACACGCCCGAGUCCAUCGCUGAGACACCCCCGGCCAGGGACGGCAGCGGGGGCGAGCUGUACGGGUACAUGACUAUGGACAGGCCCCUGAGCCACUGUGGCCGCCCCUACCGCAGGGUCUCGGGGGAUGGAGCCCAGGACUUGGACCGAGGGCUGAGGAAGAGGACUUACUCCCUGACCACACCUGCCCGGCAGCGGCCGGUGCCCCAGCCCUCCUCUGCGUCCCUGGAUGAAUACACCCUGAUGCGGGCCACCUUCUCUGGCAGCUCCGGCCGCCUCUGCCCGUCUUGUCCCGUGUCGUCUCCCAAAGUGGCCUACCACCCCUAUCCCGAGGACUACGGCGACAUCGAGAUCGGGUCCCAUAGGAGCUCUAGCAGUAACCUGGGUGCCGACGAUGGCUACAUGCCCAUGACCCCUGGCGUGGCUCUCCUGGGUGGUGGCAGCGGCAGCUGUAAGAGUGAUGACUACAUGCCCAUGAGCCCCACUAGCGUGUCCGCCCCGAAGCAGAUCCUGCAGCCUCGCGCCGCCGCCGCGGCCCUGCCCCCCGCGGGAGCCGCAGUGCCGGCGCCCACCCCUACGGCCAGCAGGGCCUUUCCAGCCAACGGGGGCGGCUACAAGACGAGCUCCCCAGCCGAGAGCUCCCCCGAGGACAGUGGGUACAUGCGCAUGUGGUGUGGCUCCAAGCUGUCCGUGGAGAAUGCCGACGCCAAGCUGCUACCCAACGGGGACUACCUCAACAUGUCCCCCAGCGACGCGGGUACCUCGGGGACCCCUCCCGACUUCUUCUCGGCUGCCUUGCAUGGCAGCGGGGAGAUGCUCAGGGGAGUCCCUGGCUAUUGCUAUAGCUCCCUGCCCCGCUCCUACAAGGCUCCCUACACGUGCAACGGGGACAACGACCAGUACGUGCUCAUGAGCUCCCCCGUGGGGCGCAUCCUGGAGGAAGAGAGGCUGGAACCGCCGGCCGGCCCGGGGAGCGCGCCGUCCACAGGCGCUCUCGCGGCGGCGGGCGGCCACACCCAGCCUCCUCACCCAGUAGUGCCUUCGCCCAGCAGGCCGAGUGGCAGCCUUGGUGGCCGCCCCGACGGCUUCCUGAACCAGCGCUGCCGGUUAGUGCGGCCCACACGCCUGUCCCUGGAGGGGCUUCAGACCCUGCCCAGCAUGCACGAGUAUCCUCUGCCGCCCGAGCCCAAGAGCCCCGGCGAGUACAUCAACAUUGACUUCGGCGAGGCCGCGGCUCGCCUGUCUCCGCCCGCGCCUCCGCUGCUGGCUUCGGCGGCCUCCUCGUCCUCGCUGCUGUCGGCCAGCAGCCCGGCCUCAUCCCUAGGCUCGGGCACCCCAGGCACGAGCAGCGACAGCAGGCAGCGCUCCCCACUCUCCGACUACAUGAACCUCGACUUCAGCUCGCCCAAGUCACCCAAGCCGGGCCCCCAGAGCGGGGACCCCGUGGGCUCCCUGGAUGCCCUCCUGUCCCCCGAGGCCUCGUCCCCCUACCCGCCGCUGCCCCCGCGCCCUCCCGCCCCCACCUCCUCCCUGCAGCCGCAGCCUCCUCCGCCGCCCCCGCCAGGGGAGCUGUACCGCCUGCCCCAGGCGUCCACUUCCCAGGGCCCCAGCGCUGCCUGCUCUUCGUCCCCGGAGACUGGGGACAAUGGGGACUACACCGAGAUGGCCUUUGGCGUAGCUGCCACCCCGCCACAACCCAUCGCGGCCCCCCCGAAGCCGGAAGGUGCCCGCGUGACCAGCCCCACGUCCGGCCUGAAGAGGCUGAGUCUCAUGGAUCAGGUGUCGGGAGUGGAGGCCUUCCUGCAGGCGAGCCAGCCCCCAGACCCGCACCGGGGAGCCAAGGUCAUCCGCGCAGACCCACAGGGGGGCCGCCGCCGCCACAGCUCCGAGACCUUCUCCUCGACCACCACUGUGACUCCCGUGUCCCCCUCCUUCGCCCAUAACCCUAAGCGCCACAACUCGGCCUCUGUGGAAAACGUCUGUCUCAGGAAAAGCAGCGAAGGGGGCGGCAGCGGCGUCCUGGGUGGGGCAGACGAGCGCCCCACCUCCCCCCGCCAGUUGCAGCCACCGCCCCCCCAGCAGGCGCGCCCAAGGGUGCCGAGUCAGCCUGGGGGCUUGGUUGGCUGCCCGGGGGGCAGUGGCUCUCCAAUGCGCAGGGAGACCUCUGCCGGCUUCCAGAACGGCCUCAAUUACAUCGCCAUCGACGUGAGGGACGAGCCUGGGCUGUCGCCCACCCCGCAGCAGCAUCCGCAUCUACAGCCCGGAGACAAGAGCGCCUGGGGCCGCACCCGCAGCCUCGGGGGUCUCAUCAGCGCUGUGGGGGGCAGCAGCGGCGGUGGGGUGUGUGGGGGGCCGGGCCCUGGCGCCCUCCCCUCCGCCAACAGCUAUGCCAGCAUUGACUUCUUGUCCCAUCACCUGAAGGAGGCCACCAUUGUGAAAGAGUGAGGAUCUGUCUGGCUUUAUCAACAUGACGUCACACAUCAGAG